AUGCCUCACGAAGUGGCUCAUGUCGUCGUUCAUUACCUCUUUACCGACACCUAUCAGUGCCUUAGACCGAAAGGCUCCUCGCUGAACGAAAAGCUCAUCGCUGAGUUUUUAACAAGCAUUCGAGUUUAUAUCGUUGCUCGAGAUUACAAAUUACCACUACUGGAGGAACUUGCUCAGGCGGAAAUAACUAGGCUGGGCAGUGGAUUCCGCAUUCCCUUGGUAUUUGACCUGGUGCAAGAGGCCUAUCCUCAUCCAAGCCUGGACGAUACGUGGCUACGUCAAUAUCUCAAAAGUCGCCUGAGCAUUCUUUUCGCCGACCCCAAAGAACUGUUAGAGUGGGAUCCAGCUCUUGAACCAAAGACUACCACUAUCAGCGACAUACUUUUGAAGAAUAUAUUGGAGCUGCUCCGUGACAAUAUCGUUUCGUCUCAUAGGUUGACCAAUGGAACACCUGAAACAUCUCAGGCAGGUCUUACACAGGAGGACCCAGUCCCAGUGGAGAAAAUAGAGCCACUCAAAUCGGUCGAACUUGAGACCAUUGAGCUUGAUACUGACAGAGGUUCAAUGAAGAAUGGUAUCGAAGUGAAGACAAUUAGCAACAACACAGAUGAGAGCUAUACCAGCACUGUCAAAAAUGGCAUCCACACAAACAAGAAUGGCAUUCACACGGAUAAGAAUGGCAUUAAUACAAACAAAAUUGAUACUAUUUUAGACAAGAACGGCGUUGACUUGGUCAACGAUGAUAACGAUACGGGGAAAAAUGACAACACCCCGACCAAGAGUGAUGACGAACUCACAAGAAAUGGGACACAUACUCCUGUAUCCAAGUCCGGGUCCUGUGAGCCAGAGUCUCCAAAGGGAGAUAAUGUUCUCAAUGGCUUGGAUCAAAAAGUCAAGGGCGCAGAAGAAAGAUUGGAAGGGAAAGACUUCUGGGGACUGAGUUUGAAGAAGAAGAAGAAGAAGAAGGCCGCCAAAGGUUUGAUACCAGAGCCGCUCCAGGAAGGGGUGGCUGUUAAAACCUAG